CCGGAUUUCCUGUUUCUCGCAGCCCUUCUGAGAAGACAACCUGAACCUAAGGCAGACUGACACACACCGACUCUAAAUUACCCGUACUUCCUUUCACUCCCUCAUGAUGACAGAGUGUCGGAAGGGCUUCCUUACCCUUUGAUGCCCUCCUGUGUGCCACGCUGUCUGUCAGAUGACCAGAUCCAACUCCAUCAGAAGUUUGUCAUUUGUGUCACCUGAAGAUCUACUUAUCCAACAUGAACUUGGUUUUCUUUUUACUGGCCCUAUUUUCCAUUGGACAUAGUGACGAUUACAACGAUCCCUGUUCGUGUCCACCUGGUUACUAUAAAAAGGGAAACUGCAGUGAUCCCUUAUCUGAGAGAUGUAGACAAUGUGAGGAUCGCACAUACACAGCAAAAAACAACACUAGGAAUAAAUGCUUUAGUUGUAGCAGGUGUGAAGGUAAUCUAGUUGAAAAACAGAAUUGCACCUUCAAAAGUGACGUAGUAUGUGACUGCAAGGAUGGAUACUACAAAGUGGAGAAAUAUUGCCACAAAUGCUACUGUGAAGGCUGUGAAAAUUCUAACAAUAUCCCUUCUGUUGAUAGGAAGUGUGCGGACUGUCUUAGGGAAGAGUGUUUGAAAGAUGCAAAAUGCAAGAAAAAAUGUGCAACAACGACGACAACGACCUCAUUCACAACCGAGACAAGAGAUUUCAAUUCAAAUGAAUCACAAAAUGAAGCUCCACUUAAUGGAAAUGAUGUCCGGUGGUGGAUGAUCACGAUCCUGGUUGUGGUGUUCUGCGUCUGUGUUGCCAGCUACCCUUGCUCUCAUCCCUGCUGCAGAAUCAAUAAGAACCCUGGGAAGGAUACAGAAUGCUUUAAUGAAACUCAAAGUUAUUCAAACAGCGACCCAACCACAGUGACAGUUAAGGUCUGUAAGGAAACCACCACGAUGAUACCCUGCCAGACAUCAGUUGGACCAGUACACAUGGACCACAUGGACGCUGUACUGCCAGACAAUGUUUCCAGGCAACAGAAGGCAUGCGAGCGCUGGCCGCCCAUGGUUCUCUACGCCAUCAUCAAGGAGGUUCCCCUGCGACGGUGGAAGGAGUUCUUGAGGUUGCUGUCGGUGAAAGACCAUCAGCUGGAGCGUGUGGAGCUGGAGGUGGGCUUGGGCUUCCUUGAGAGGCAGUACCAGAUGUUGCUGCUGUGGAGUCAGGACUCCUCCUCCAGUCUGGAACAGGUCUUCUCCGCCUUGCAUUCCAUGGAUUUGUCGGGCUGUGCUCAGACGCUUCAGGAGAACCUGGAGAAGCUUCUGCGCAGAAAACAGUCAAAUGAGGCUUUUAUCACCUGCUGAAGUUUCAUUUCAAGUAAAACAUUAGGAGAUGCCCAAUCACCCUCAAUUUACAGAGUGUGUGGGAGAAAUUCCAAGUAAAUCGAACUUACAGAGUCACACAUAGGGGUUUAACAACAGCAGCACUAUCUGGUGAACUUAUCUGAGAAAUAAUAGCACUGCCAGCCUAGUCUGGGUGCAUGUGUUUGCAAUUUUUUUGUUCUGUACAUUGGUUCAGGAUUAAAUCUACCUUGUGCAUACAAAUACAUCCACUCAUGUGUACAUGAUGAUGUCAUGGCAACAUAUGACAUAUUUGAGCAAGGUCAAGUCCCAGUUUCAGUCUUGAGAUAAAAAAAAAAAAACCUACCCAGAAGAAAUCCUGGCCUACAGUAGAUACUGAAGCUGUGCAAGUUAUCACAAGUUCGAUACAUCAAGGAUAGAAAAUCUUUCUUUUUUUUCAUAGAUCAAAGAUUUUUAUUUUCUUAACUUGACUUGUUUUGUCAGUGCAAUUGCAAAAUGGUAUAUGAUGCUAAAAUAAGGAAAUGUAUAUCUUAUUUCCCUUUAUUUCUAGUUUAACAUGAUUGCACAAGUUUGAUGCUCUUUUACAAUUAUUAGGUUUUGGUGACACAAGAAUCCGGCUUCUUGCCCAGUGGAAAGGAAAAAACAAGCAAUAAAUGUCAGAUUCCCAGUUUGCACUUGCAUCAAGUUGUGUAUGUCAAAGGGUAUAAGGCGGUAUCACCCCCUCCACCGCCACACGUAUGGCUUCCUUUUGUGGUGUAUGCGGAACUCAUUUUGAAAAUGUUGUGUCCGUAAAGUUAUUGACGGGUAAAAUUAGUUGGGCUUUCCCAGUAAAACUGACUGAUAAGAACUUUAUUAUAAACUGAAAGUCAAUCUUUUUUCCUUGUUCUUGUCAAGCAUUGAUCCAAAAUCUGUUUAUUCUAUUGAUCCCAAGGGGAAAAUGUAUUUUGAUGUUGAAUGUCAGUAUUUUAUGCUUAAAUCUAUUUGUGUAUGUGUUUGUGUUUUUAACUAUUGUAACUAUUUAUCAGAAUUGGAAAUGUUUUGUUUACUGGGUUUGUUUGUUAUUAUUUAUUAACUGUACACCUGGUAGCAGUCCUCCAGAUUUCUUUUUUCUUACCAAAAGAGUGAAAUAAUAUUUGCUUUAACUCUUAGUAUUUUUUUUUUACAACUAUUCACUUCAGACAUUAUGAAUGUAUUUAGUGAUACAUUGCCACAAAUAAGAUGAAGACACUGACUGCACUGUUUGAGUGGAGAUCAGCUUUUUAAAUAAAGUAUCAUUUAAAUGCUGGCAUAAUCUUGGAUUAAACCAA